CCCCUUUCUCUUGUAAGCCUUCCUGACUCCGACCUAUUCCUCGGCAGGAUGGCCUUCUGGAGCUCCUCUAUGCUCCCACUCCUCGGCCUCCUGUCUCUCUUCUUCCUUCACCCCUUCUCUACCUCAUCCUCCGUCCAUGCCAUUCGUCUUGGUGCCGUAGUCCGUAGGCCCUCCCCGGACGUCCCCAUUUUCCGGGAAGCUCCUGCUUUCCGAAAUGGGGACGCCUGUGGGACCCGGGACGCUGACGGCAUUCAUGUCUCCAUGACCCUCGAUGCCAAUUAUCUUCGCGGUACCAUGGCUGCUGUGUUGUCCAUUUUGCAGCACUCCACUUGCCCGGAGAACUUGUCCUUCCACUUCCUUUCUGCUCAGCACGUGCCUGAGAUUGUUUCAAGAAUCCAAGCUACCUUCCCUUACCUCAACUUCAGAGUGUAUCGCUUUGAUUCCAACCGGGUUAGAGGGAAGAUCUCCAAGUCCAUUAGACGAGCUUUGGAUCAGCCUCUGAAUUAUGCCAGAAUUUAUCUUGCAGACAUACUUCCGGCCAAUGUAAGGCGGGUUAUAUACCUUGACUCGGACCUUGUAAUGGUGGACGACAUAUCCAACCUGUGGGGUGUGGAUUUGGGUGACAAGGUGGUGGCGGCACCGGAGUACUGUCACGCCAACUUCACCAAGUACUUCACCGAUGAGUUCUGGUCGAGCGCUGAAAUGGCGAAAACAUUUAAAGGGAGAAGUCCAUGCUACUUCAACACGGGAGUGAUGGUGGUAGAUGUGGAUAGAUGGAGAAAAGGGGGGUACACACAGAAAGUUGAGGAGUGGAUGGCAGUGCAGAAGCAGAACAGAAUAUACGACCUGGGCUCGUUGCCACCAUUUCUACUGGUACUUGCGGGGAACAUAAAAGCAGUAGAUCAUAGAUGGAACCAACAUGGGCUGGGUGGAGACAACUUGGAAGGGAAAUGCAGGAACCUCCAUCCAGGGCCCAUAAGCCUACUCCAUUGGAGUGGGAAGGGGAAGCCAUGGUUGAGGUUAGACUCCAGGAAACCAUGUGCAGUUGAUCAUCUCUGGGCUCCCUACGACCUCUACAGAUCCUCCAGAGUAUCACUGGAAGAAUGAGAGAGAGAGAGAGAGAUAGGCUGUAAGAAAAUUCAUUUCAGGGGAGAGAAACAAGUUAACAAACUAAGAGCUUGAGAGUUCAGAGAAGCAUGCAGUUUCAUUGGUGUGGAAUGAAAUUGUAGAAAUGGAGAAAGUCUUGCUCGGGCUUUUCUUCCAGAAGAG